AUGAACGUUUGUGGCCUCCGCUUAUCCGCUCGGCUCCGUGCCCACCAGGUACCUUUGCGCAGGUUUUCAACAGCUGCCCCGAAAGACCGAAAGCCAUUUUUUGCUCUCCGACUCACGUUUGCAACAGUUGCGCAUGUCCUCCUCUGGGGCACGGCGGGCGUGGUUUUAACAAAUUACUUUCUACCGAUCUCUGGACCAUUGUUAAAGGAUCCUUUACCAAUCCGUGGCUCCCCAGAAGAAAAGAAAACGAUCGAGGAGCUUGAAGCAUCAGCUUCUAAGUUACCGAUUGUUAAAGCUCUACGGGCAGAUCCAGAGUACAAGGAGCAUAGACCGUGGACAGGAAUCCCUGAGGAGGAGCGGCAGCAUAGAUAUACCCCCGGGGUGUUGCAAGGUGCUGAGAAGAUAGGAUACAAUAAAGUUUGGGUUAAAAGAGAUGGAAGCACCGUUGGCGUGCUGAGUCUCGGCAGGGGAAUUUGCGGAUUCCCGGGCGUUGUUCAUGGCGGUGUUUUGGCUACGAUAGUAGAUGAAGCACUUGGAAGAACUGCAAUGCAUGUGCUACCAACCCGGAAUGCCGUGACCGCACGGCUAUCGAUCAAUUAUAGACGACCAGUGCACGCACAUCUAUACCCCAAGUCUAGCGGUUUCGUAAUCUUGCGAACCUGGGUUAUCGAGCAUACCGAUCGCAAAGGAGUGGCGAAGGCGACAAUCGAAGAUGAGUUUGGCAAUAUCCUUAUGGAGGCCGAGGGUAUUUUUGUCGUCCCAAGGGGCUGGAGCCUGGCUGAGAUGCCAAAGGGGAUUUAG